AUGCAUUAAAUCAUUAUAGUAUACUUUAAUAAAAAGUUUUCUAUAUUGAGGUUUUUUUUGAGUAUCNAUUAUGUUUAUUCAUUAAGCUUAAAUGAAAAAUAAAAUAAAUUGUUAUCUUGUUCAGCUGAUUCAAAAAAAAUAGUAAUAGAAUUGUAAAAGUCAGAUAGAAAAUGGUAUGUUAUAUAAAAGAUAGAAGUAGAAUAGUAUGGGUAUAGAUUAUGUUUUAUUAAUGAUAAUUAAUUUAUAUUCUAACCUUAUUGUAAAGAAUACACUUAUGUAUAUGAGAUGGAUAAAAAUACUCGAUAAUUUAUGAAAACUAAGGAAAUUGCUGUUAAGUGUGGUUAAAGCAGUGAUUAUUAUUUAUUUCCCUAGCAAUACUUAAAAUCUAAAUCCCUCCUGGUAAAUAAGAAUGCCAGAAAUAUAAAUAUAAUAUAAAAGAAAGAUAAUGGUGAUUUUAUCAUUAACUAACCAAUUGAAUUUGAUACUUAUUAUUUUUAUGGAUAAUUAAGUAAUGAUGGAGAGUAUUUGAUUGUUUGGGACGAUAAAUUAAAGGAAAUAUAAAUAAGAAAAAGGAAGGAAUUAUGA